AUGAUAAAAUUGAUAAUCUACUUUUUAUUUGUAAGCUCAGCCCUAGGAAUUUAUAGUGAUGACGAUGUUUUUUAUUGUUAUGAUGACUUGACUGAUGUUGAACUGUCUUAAAAGAUUAUUGUGUAGCCAUUAGAUCAAUAUAUAUUUUUGAUAGUUUGUAUUAGAAAUUAUUAUUAUUAACCAGCUCCAUUAGCAUUUAUGUGCACAAUGUUUAUCACUUAUAGUUUUAUCAAGUAUCCUAAUACAAGGAAAAUGCCUGGGGAUAUAGUUUUCUUUAUAUCUUUGUCUGAUGCAAUAUUGUGUAUACAUUGGUUUGCGACUGCAUGCUAUUUCACUAUAUAUGAUAAAAAUCCUUUGAGUUCAGGUCCAUUUUGUUAGAUAAAUUCAAUGUUUAGUAUAUUUGCAGGAACAGGAGAAGUAUCUUAUAAUGUAGUAUUUUGCAUAUACAUUCGAUUAACUCUAAAAAAUCAAUUCAAGGUAAUAUCCAAAUUGCCUAUAAUUUUGCAUUCAUUGGCAUGGUUAGCUAUGAUUUCAAUUCCUCUCUUAGCUAAAUUUACUCAUAAUAAUGGUCUUUCAAUAUUUGGUACUUGCAGUUUCAAGUAUCAUCCUGGGUUUCCUUUGGCAGGUAUUGUACUAGUAUUAUUAUAUACUCUUAUUUCAUUGUAUACUAUAUGGUACUUCAAUAAAGCUAUUCCUGAUGAUGAAAAAUACAAAGAAAUUAGAGAUACUUUUGGAAAAUAUUAUUAUCGUUAUAUAAAAGGUUCCUGUAUAAUAUGGACAUGUGAAGCAAUAUCUUUUACAAUUGCAGGCUUUAAUUGUUCAUAUUUUCAUAAGGGAUUCCUUCUAAUUUUUAUAACAUUAGGUAAUUCAGCAAAAUUGUGUACACCAGUUGUAUUAUCAAUAUUAAGAUACAAUGAACCUACAAUCAAAGAUUAAGUUAAAAGAUUAUGGAGGAAACUUUGGAGAAAAGAUAAUGUUUAAAGUGAAUUAUGUAAAUAUUAUUAACUAUUAUUUAGUACAUGAUGAUGCUAAUUUUUAUGAUACAAUCCACUAAAAUCUAAAAUUCGAUUAAGUAAAUACAAUUAUUUUUGGUAUAAGAGCUAUUUGCAAAUCAGAUUAAUAAUUAGAAACAUCUAUUUAAGAAGAAUUCAAACAUAUGAAUAUAAGUAGAAGAUACACAGAUUUUAAAUUAUCUAAUGAAUCCUUAAUGAACAAUGAUCUUACUAGAUUGAAAUCUAAUUACAACUUAACUACUGAUGAUUUUAUUGAAGAAAUAAUUUAUGAAAUUGAUAAUAAAGGAAAUAAUGAUGAUAAAUCAUUUGACUUAAAAUUAUUACAAUCAACUAUGACUGUCUAUGCUCCAACCAUAUUCAAGAAGAUCAGAGAAAAGGAUAGCAAAAUGAUUAAUCAUUUCAAAUCAUUUGAUCUACUUGCAAAUUAAGAAUAAAUUAAAUAAUUUAAAGGACCAGAUGGAGGCAAGGGAGGAGCAUUCUUCUUUUUCACUCAUGAUAACAAAUUAAUCAUCAAAACAUUAUCUGAUUAAGAAUUAGUUGUUAUUAGAAAAAAUCUUAUUCCUUACUUUCUCCAUAUUAGUGAAAAUGAAUCAGUAAUUUCACCCAUAUAUGGCAUUUACAAAUUAUUCAGAUAAAAUGUAUAAUGUUUAUUUAAUGAUUUAGGUCUAAGAAUCUAUAAAUGUUGUAGUCAUGAGAAAUGCUAUGCAAAUUCCAUCUAUGUACAGAGUCAGAACUUAUGAUAUUAAAGGAUCUGAACACUCAAGAUAAGUUUUAAAGAAAAACGUUAAUCCUAAUGAUGAUAAAUUAAGGAAAAUUACAUUAAAAGACAUUGAUUUUCAAAAUUUAGAAUAAAAAUUGCAUAUUCCUUAAUAAUAUAUAUAUAGAUUGAGAAAAUGUUUAGUUAAUGAUGCUAACUUUUUUAGUAAAGUUAAAUUGAUGGAUUAUUCACUAUUGAUAAUUAAAAUGGAUUGGUAUACAUAUAGUUAGAAUAAUCCACAUAUAAGAGAAGCAGAAGUAAAAUUAAUUUCAUAUAUCUAAGAUUCCUAAUUAUUUCUCAUCCGAUUUAUUAUGUAUACCCUCCAUAAAUGAUGUUGAAAGAGGAAUUUAUUAUCAUAUCGCUAUUAUUGAUUAUUUACAAGAAUGGAACGCUUAAAAAAUUAUUGAAAAACAUACUAAAAAAGCCAUUCAUGCAAAUAUUGCUUUAGACACUUCUGCUCAAAAUCCAGAGGAUUAUGCUAAGAGAUUUAUAGAGAAAGUUGCAUAUGUAAUUUUAUGA